AUGUCGCACAUCCUAGCCCAAUGGCUCAACCACGACGUCUCCCUCUCGCACCACGCCUCGGCCUCGACCCUCGACCACCAAUUCGCCUCGGGCCACCUCCUCGCCGAACUGCUCAGCAAAUUCAACCUCCAGCCGCCACCCGAUGCGACCACCGCGACGUACGAUACGAGCAACGUGGACGCGCUCGUGCGCAAUUACGCGCGGGUGGAGCACACGUUGAGGGAGAAGCUGGGGAUCGAGUUGAGCAGUAAUGCCGCGUGUGAUUUGAUCAGGGAACGGCCGGGGGGCGCCGCGAAGUUGUUGUAUCAGAUCAAAAGCGCCGUCUCGACACAGGGCAUCCACCCGGCGACCAAACCGCACACCCGGCUGCUCACAGCAGCGCAGGGCGGGGUGCCCAAGCUGCCAUCCAUCCAACCACUUUCCCUCCCAGGCCAACCCCUCAUUGAUAAACACCGGCAUAGCACAGACGGCAGCCCAGUCCCGGACCUCGCGCCGGUGGCCGAGAGCUCGAAACGGAUCGCGAUUGAGCAGGACCAUGAGUUCUUUGCCAAGAUGUUGAAGAACAAGCUGUCGAAGAUGGAGAAUGCGAAACAUGUGAAGGAACCGAUCUACUACGCCGACGUGACGAGGUCCUACCAUGUCGGCGAAUUGACGCAGCAGCCUACGACGGAGCCGGAGGAGGCGAUUGUGCAGAAUGUUGCAAAGCACGUGGAGAAGCUGCAUCGGCAGCAGAUUGCGAGAGGGAGUGCGGCGCGCUCGGGGAGGAGGAGGGAGAGGCCUACGCAUUAUGCGGGGGAGGUUUGUGUGGAUUUCCGUCCAUGGUGGUCGGAAGUAGAGUCCUUUGAGAAGCGGCUGAGGGUUCUUACACAUCACGAGUCACCGACAACAGACUCCGCCAAAGCGGGCCAUCCCGACGACGACGAUGCCGAAGAAGGUGCACCGCUCGACCCCAACGCCAUCAAAAAGUUCAUCGUACUGCAAGCCAACAUGGACCCGCUCAACCACCUCAAAAUGAUGUCACGCUCGCUGCCCCCCCUCGAGUCCAUGCACAACCAACGCCGCGACUUCCUCGAAUCCAUCCGCAACAAGAAACUCGAAGAAGAGGCGUCGCGGCGUGAACGCGAGCAGCGCCGCCGCAAGCGUGCGCUGCAGGAACAGCGGGCACAGGAUGAGCGUCAGAUCGCGCAGAUCGAGGAGGUCGCGCUUGCGAAGCUGUUGCGGCAGUCGAAGCAGGAGCGGAGGAUCGCUGAGCAGCUGCUGCAGGUCCGGCAUGAGCGGGAGGUGAUGCGGCAGAAUCGGAUCUUCUUGGAGGAGCAGUAUGCCCAACGGCGGCAGAAGGAUUAUGAGGAGGCGUUGGCCCAGGAGUAUGAGCUGUGUGAGAGGGAGAGGCUGGAUUAUAGACGGCAGACGGCUUUGCAGGUCGCUCAGCAUGAGGAGAUCUUGAGACAGAAGGCGCAGGCGAAGCAUGAGGCGAGAUGUGAUAUGUGUUUGGAGGUUGUGAAUGACAUCUUUGAUUUGGCGAUGAAGAUGGCCGACUAUCGAACACUAAACGAUGGCCGCGACGCGCCCAAAAAGUUCGUCGACGAAUGGAAGCUACUCUUCAGUCAAGGCAACUCCCUUACAAAGCAGUACACGAUCGACUUGGAGAAAGAUGUCAUCGAGCCGGCAAUUUACGAGAUCGAUGUGCCUGCUGAUCAAAGCGCAUUGACUCCUGCGGCGAAGAAGGAGGCUAUCGGGCCCGGAGCUAAAAUUUUGGACGAUAAGGAGUUCGAGGACUAUUUGCAUGGGCGCGGUGAUUGGUCUUAUCCGAACGACUUAUCAUCACGAUUACUACGGAACAAAGCGCUGAACAAGCUCAUUAGCACCAUCCUCGAGAUCACGGCUCCUCCGGAACCCGUGGUCGAGACUGCUCAUCUCCCGCCGGUUCCGCUCAAAUUGGCAUUGAUCGGAAAGCCGUUUGCGGGCAAACGGACGCUGGCCAGGAAGAUUGCCGCCAAAUACAAGUUGGCGGUCAUUUCGGUCGAUGAGCUGAUGCAGAACGCCAUCAAACAAGCCGACAUGAACGCCGCAGCCCCACCUCCCGCCGAUCCCGACAAAGGGCACCCAACAAAAGUCCCCAACAGAGCUGUCAUUGGUGCAAAACUAGAGAUCAACAUGCUCGAAGGAGGGAGCCCUGAUGACAGCCUACUAGUGCUGCUGGUCGUCGACGCCAUCCAGCGCAUCUUACCAGCAGACCAGCCGACCGAGUAUGGCGGCGUCAUAUUGACGGACUUCCCCAGGACACGGGCGCAAGCCCAACUACUAGAGAAGGAACUCUCUGGUUAUGAGGACCCGAAACCCAUUAAACCCGGGAACCUCAAGCGCACACCUCGCGACAAAGCCAAGAUGCGCUCGCAGAUCGCCCCGAGCGAUGCACCCCAGCCGGAAAUCAAGCCAGGCUCGGUGGUGAGCGGCAUGGACGCCAUCGUCAUGAUCGAUGUGUCCAACGAGGUUGCGUACGAUCGUGCGGCGGGAAGGCGGUUGGAUCCUGUCAGUGGCCAUGUGUACCACUUGACGAUGGAUCCGCCGCCGACCAACGACCCGGGGUUGAUGGAGCGGCUUGUUCCGAUAAACGACGAUGAGAGCGAAAGCAGCCAGCUUCAUUACCAAGUCGCUGCGUUUGAGGAUCAACAGGAGCAGAUUAAGGACUGGUAUACACGUUUUGACAACCUCCAGACCGUUGACGGAAAUACCGAUGCCGAACUGACGUUUGACACUGUGCAAGAUAUCAUUGUGGGCAUCAUUGAUCGCAAAGAAAAGGAGAAGGAGCGCAAGGCAAAGGAAGCCAUGGAGUUGUUGGAGAAGGAUAUUGGCCCUGAGAAUGGGGCCAAGGAGGAAGGUGAGUUUCAGAUCAUCUUUAACGCCGUGCAUCAAAGGGACAAAACUCUCAACAUUAAACCCACCGCCGCAGCAGCUGCUCCUACACCCGCUGCUGCUGCGGCCCCUGCCAAAACGGCACCUGGCGCCGCAAAAGACCGAGCAUCUACAGCGGCCGAUGCAAAGAAAGGCACCCCGCCCGCACCCGGCACCGCUCAAGGCGAUCGCCCGUCCACGGAGGCUUCCGAACGCACCUUCGAGAUCUCACCCAUCACCCUCACGCGGGCGACGACGGCCGACGGCAAGAAACUGCCUUCCAAAGAACUAGCCGAGGUCCUCUCCGACGAAUGGGUAACGAUCGAGACCACCUUCACCGACACGAUGAAGUUCAACUUCCGAUCCCUCCGCCGCGAACGCGAAGCCGUCAUCCGAUACUUCCACGCCGCCAAAGUCAACUUCAAACGCUUCCUGGAGCGGCCGGACCAUAAACAGCAGCUGGUGGACCUGUUCCAGAUGGAGUUCAACAGCGUCGAAGAUGAUUUGAGGUCUGACCCCGAUGCGAAGGCGGAGUUGCAUCAGCGGUCGGAGGACCUGAGAGACAAGUUGUGGGAUAUGUCUGAUAGGCGCAAAGAGGAGGCUGAGAUUGAGAGGGUCACCAUUAUUGAGGAUAAAUGGGUUGAGGAGCAUUUCAUUAUCAUCGCCAAUAUCUACAUAACGAUGAUUCAAGCGGAGAUUGAUCGGUAUUUGGGCACGAAGGUCAUGGCUGCGGAUUACUACAAGGACGCUUAUGGGGCGGUUCUGAGCGAAGGCAACAAGCCCGCCGUCAAACUCCCUCUCAUAAGCCCUACAGCCCAAGCGUCCAUCGACAUCGGCUCCAUAGUCAGCACCGGAUCGCUUGAGAGCUCUCACAAACUUCAGCGUCGUGAUGCCACAGGAAGCGCCGACCCGCGCCAAGCGACCGCACCCAUCCGCGGCGCCGGUGGUAAAAGCGGCAACAUCGGUGGGGCAGCGGUCCCGGCAGGGGGCGGUGCACCGCCGCCUGCUGCAGGUGGAGCGGCUCGCAAGAUGGUGCCUCUUGCGCGCAACGCGUCGGUCGUGGAAGCCAAUAAGCAUUCCAUGGCGGGUCCGUUGGGACAGAUGGAGAAGGAUGCGUCGGCGGUGGAGGCCGACAUGUCUAUUUACGCGGAUGUGCUGAACGCGUGCGAUGCGGUUCUGGGAUUGUUGGCGCAGCAUGAUGGGGAUAGUGUUCCGACCACUGCUGAUAAGGAUAAGAAGGAUAGGAAGAAGCAGGUCAUGGAUGUUGCGGAAGUCAAAGGGGACGCCGACAUGGAAUCCAUCCCCGAGUAUCACCAAAUAGUCGAGCGCGAGGACCAGAUCCUUCGUCGCAAAGUAGAGCGCAUCCGCCAGCACGCCCUCGACAACCUCCGCUCCCUCCGCGCAAAGGCCAUCGAAGUCUUCACGCUUCUCGACGACUGGAUCGUCGCGCGAUUCGGCGCGGAGAUGGAUGCCGUGAGGGAUCUGAUGACGGUCAUCAAGGAAGCCGUCGAGGCGGAAACGAAACUGCCGAACCGGCUCGUUCUGGCCGGGGAGAAAUUCAAGGUCGAUUUUGGGAUUGUUACGUAUGAGCCGGAGCCCGAGCCUAGGCCGCCGAGUCCUGUCGAGAAGCCAAUGCCAGAUCAGUUCACAGUCGUCCAACUCGUCAACAUCGCAUCCCAAUUCCGACAUAUCUCAUCGCCAUCGGGACUGAUCAGCUGCAAAGAAUUUAUCGACUGCUUCCAGCGUCUCGCAAACGUGUCCUCCACAGGCGCAGAGACCCUACCCGAUCAAUAUGCCACCUUGGAUGCUGCACAGCUACAGCAGCUCUGCUCUAUCUUGGACCCAUACGAGACUGGGUUUGUGUCGUGGCGUCGCUUUGUGCUGCUCAGCACUCGCAUAUUGCCCAUCACCCAAUCAGACUACCGCGCCAUCCCCCUCUGGUUCGAAGACGGCAUCUCCACAUUCAACGGCACCCCCAGCGGCAUCAACAUCGCCGGCAACGACCUCAUCCGCGCCCGCAGCACCACCCCAGCUCCCUCCGACUAUACCGACGACUCGGAACAGAAAUUCAACCGCGCCGCCAAGAUGAAGGAAGCCAUCUUCACUUUCUUUGAGGUCAACCCGGCUGCUGCGUCGGGGGAGUCGGUGGAGACUUCGGAGACUGCGGACGAGGGUUUGGGGCUGGAGUCUGCAGCGACGGCGACGCCAAACGAGCCGAUGUUUGAUGCGUUAGCGUUCUUGAUGUGCUGCUCGCUGGACCCUUCGCCGAAAGUCGGGCUCCAGAAGGCGUUCACCGUGAUGAGCGAGAAUGGGGACGGGGCUUGUACGCUGGCGGAGAUCUAUCAGAUCCUGCAUACGGGCCUGACGUUCGUUGACGAGACGCACCGGCUUGGGAGCGGGGCUAGCAUUGAGGAUCCGUUCCCAUUGGUAAGACCCCAUACGAUGUAUUCUGCAACAUCAGCACUUGUACCUGACCGUAUUGAUGUCCCCCACAGGAUCUUCUCGCCCGAAUCUUCGAAGACCUCAACAUCCCCAGCGGUCUUCCUCCGGGCUCCACCACCCUCUCACCAUCAUUAUUGA